UUAAUUCGAUUUAGGGUGUCUGUAGCUCAUCUCUGUUUUUCCUUUUCCCCUUCUGUGGGUGUCCUUUUCGUUUCCUUGGAGACAUUCUGCUCAGAUUGUGAUUUCAACCGGGACAGUCACCUUCGCCGGCAAUUGUGAGGCAAUUUAUUAGUCUCCGGUCUUGUGAAGUUGUUAAAAAUAAAUAAAUAAAAAAUGGAGGGGAAUACUAAUCAUAACACACCUCGAACAGUCGAAGAGGUCUUUAGCGACUUCAGAGGUCGACGAGCUGCUCUCAUUAAGGCUCUCACUCUCGAUAUGGUUAAGUUUUACCAAACAUGCGAUCCUGAGAAGGAGAACUUGUGUCUGUAUGGACUUCCAAAUGAGACAUGGGAGGUUAAUCUUCCCGCCGAGGAAGUUCCUCCUGAGCUUCCUGAACCUGCUUUAGGCAUCAAUUUCGCUAGAGACGGCAUGCAAGAAAAAGACUGGGUUUCUCUGGUUGCUGUUCACAGUGAUUCCUGGCUGCUUUCUGUUGCCUUCUACUUUGGUGCACGUUUCGGGUUUGGUAAGAAUGAGAGGAAGAGACUCUUCCAGAUGAUAAACGAUCUCCCAACCAUUUUCGAAGUUGUGACUGGCAAUGCAAAGCAGUCCAAAGAACAAUCUGGUACCACCAACAACAAUAGCAAAAGCAAACCUAGCGGCGUGAAGGUUUCAAAUCCACGGCCUAAAGAAGAAGAUGAGAGUGACGAAGAGGAGGAACAAGGUGCGGUUUGUGGAGCAUGUGGAGACAGCUACGGUGCAGAUGAGUUUUGGAUAUGCUGCGACGCGUGUGAGAAGUGGUUCCAUGGAAAGUGUGUGAAGAUAACACCUGCAAAAGCAGAGCACAUCAAGCAUUACAAAUGCCCAAGUUGCAUUAACAACAGAGCCAGACCUUGAUGUUACAUAAAACAACCACAAGAAGAAGAAAUAAAGGUAAAAGUAUUAUUGGACAAAAGAACAGAUAAAAGGGUCUUUAGAUGAUGUAAGAAGGUAAAACAUACGCUACCUUUUUUCUUAAUUGCUUAGUUUUUUUAAUAAUGGACUGAGUUUACUGUAUUUAGUACAAUUCGAGUUGUCUUUCUUUUCUUCUUGGAUUUUCUUGUUGUUAAUGUUAAUGCUGCAAGCCUACAACUACUAAUGUGCAUGUUUGAGGUUAUUUUAGUUCUUUUCGUCUACAGUAAAUUUUGUUAUGC